AUGAAGACAUCCAAUAUCGCUAAGCCAACUAUAGAGCCGCGUUACUUCGACCUCUUUGCCACUAUUGAAGCCAAAUUCGAGGCCUCCAAUAUCGCCAGUGAAAAGUGGUACCUUACAGCUUUAAGCGCAAUUGCAACGACACUCGAAUCACACCUUUGUGGUCAGCUAUAUCUGUACCUUACAAGCCAACAUGCGUAUUCAACAACCACUGCACGCCGGAAGCUGAUCCGAUGCAUGCGCGAGGCGCUCUUUAAGGACAUUGCACUCCUCGGACUCCCAAAGCCCACGGAGGCACUCAUCGGCAUCACCAACGUUAUGUCCGAGGAAGAUACAGAAUCCUCCUUCACCCGAGAAGGCUGGCAGUGCGACGGCGCAAAUCAUGCGCGCGGGAUGGGAUGGCUAAACUCAAUAUAUGCCCAUAAUACCAAUAUGCUUUUUGAGUUAUUCAAAAACCAUCGAGACUUUGGCUUUUGGCUUAUUGAUAUCACGUAUGGGUUGCUCUUGUCCGACCGCCAGGUUUUGGAUGACGUGGAUACAGAGAUGGUAGUCUUACCGGCUGUCAUGGGCCAAAAUAUGCCAUGGAUGACCUACUGGCAUAUCCGAGGAACAAGACGGUUAGGGAUCUCCAAGGAAGAUGUGCAAAUGGUUAUGGAGUGUGUGCAUCUAGUCGUUGAAGCUUGCGGUGUGACAUUGAAGCAAGUGCCCAGUGUGGAUGCUGUUGAUGAAGAACUGUAG